ACGUGUCCGGAAGUGAACGAGCGUCAAAACAGGAGCUGGCUGCGGGUUAAUAUGCAGUAGUGACUAGAAAAAUAUAUAUAUAUAUAUAUAUUACUGGUAAAUAAACUACUUCCGCCCUCAAGUGCGCGCUGAGGAAGAGGAAUAAUUCACCAUGAUGUCGGAAUGCGACCCCACCGAGAGCGACACCGAAAGCGCGAGCUUUACCGAGAGGCGCGUGUCGGAGCCGGGGUUACUGCGCGCGCUGCCCGGGGGAGCUCAGCGGGUCUGCGGCUCCACGGAGUCCGUGCUGACAGAGCUGGAGGCGGAGGAGGAAGAGGACGCGCUGCUGUUACCGGGAGCAGCGACCAGCGGCUCGGCCUCAUCCUCCCCCCACCGCGGCGCGCGCGACAAGAGAACCAGGAACCGCCACAGUUCCUCCUCGGACCGAGAGAACCUGCCGUCCCCCGUUUUUUUUGUGUAUGUAGGAAACAGCAGUGGGGAGUUUAACCAUUUCCCGGAAGACCCAGUGUUUGGGGAGAUCAUCCAGCGGGCAGAGCAGGCCAUUGAGGGCGGAGUUUUCCCCGAGAGAAUCUCGCAGGGCUCCAGCGGGAGCUACUUUGUCAAAGACCCUAAAGGGAAAAUCAUCGGCGUGUUCAAGCCCAAAUCCGAGGAGCCGUACGGUCACCUGAACCCCAAAUGGACCAAAUAUUUCCACAAGUUGUGCUGCCCGUGCUGUUUUGGCCGUGGCUGCCUCGUCCCCAAUCAGGGCUACCUCUCUGAGGCAGCCGCCUCGCUAGUGGACCAAAAACUCAGCCUGGACAUCGUCCCAAAGACCAAGGUCGUGUCUCUCGCCAGUGAGACGUUCCACUACAACGCUAUCGAUCGAGCGAAAUCUCGCGGGAAGAAGUACGCUCUGGAGAAAGUGCCCAAAGUAGGGCGUCGCUUCCACAGAGUGGGCCUGCCUCCCAAGGUUGGUUCAUUCCAGCUGUUUGUAGAAGGCUAUCAGGAGGCAGAUUAUUGGCUGAGGAGGUUUGAGGCAGACCCUCUUCCUGAGAACACAAGGAAGCAGCUGCAGUCUCAGUUUGAGAGACUUGUAGUGCUGGAUUAUGUCAUCAGGAACACCGACCGAGGAAAUGAUAACUGGCUCAUUAAAUAUGAGAAAGCUGGAGACGGAGAACAGUCGUUGAAGGAUUGUGAGUGGAGUGAAUGUAAAGAUUGUGUGAUUCGGAUUGCUGCAAUUGAUAACGGUCUGGCCUUCCCCUUUAAACACCCUGACGAGUGGAGAGCAUAUCCGUUCCACUGGGCGUGGCUCCCUCAGGCCAAAGUGCCGUUCUCUCAGGAGACAAGGGAUCUGGUUCUGUCUCGGAUCUCUGAUAUGAACUUUGUGCAGGAUCUGUGUGAGGACCUCUAUGAGCUCUUUAAGGCAGAUAAGGGCUUCGAUAAAGCCAUGUUUGAGAAGCAGAUGUCUGUGAUGAGAGGGCAGAUCCUGAACCUGUCACAGGCGCUGAAGGAUGGGAAAAGCCCCCUGCACCUGGUCCAGAUGCCCCGGGUGGUGGUGGAGCGGAGUCGAGGUGGAGGACAGGGUCGAGUGGUGCAGUUAGGAAACGCUUUCACACAGACUUUCCACUGCAAGAGACCAUUUUUCACUUCCUGGUAGCGUAGGAACUAUGUGACGUGGAAGGCAUGGUCUGCUCAUGAAGUUCUAAAUCUGGCCUGGAAACUUGGAGUCUAAAGGGGGAACUUGCUUCACUUCAAGUGUGUACUUUUGGAAAGUUUAAGGAUGCUGAAGAGGAGAUGCCUGCGGGGGAGGGAGGGUGGGCGGGGCUCUGUGAUGAAGAUCUAAUUGGGAGAUUAAUGUAUUUUACUACGACUUGCUGAAAGUUUCGACACCAAGAUGAUUUUCUACUUGGGGGGGCUUUUCAGGAUAAUUUCUAACUUUAGAGCAGUUAGGAAACCCUUUCACUCAUGGGGGGGGGGGGAUUCUUUCACAUCCUUAUUGACCAAGAUGACCUUUCCAACUAGGAACAGGGGGACAACAUCCUGAACUGGAAAUUCAAAAAGUCAGACUCAACUUUGGUGGAUGAUGUUCCUCUUAAGAUGGUACCAGAAAGUCAAAAAUCCCUUUUCUGGCUUAAAAAAAAAAGUGCUUCUGUUCCAGGAAAGAAUUGAAGGCAUUUCUUUGGUCCAGAUGCCACUGGCAGUAGAAGAACCUAGAUGAGGAGGUGGACUGUAAGGAAUCUUUCACUGCAAAAGGUUCAGAUCCAGUUCCUGCUCAUGGGGAACCAGUAGAUGAAGCUCCUGGGUGUCUUUUGAGGAAGUUCUCAAGAUAUUCUUAAGUCCACAUUAAGACCGAUGGUACAAUGACAUCAAAAAUAGCUUCCACUAGAAAACUAGCAGGGGUCUUUGUCUUUUAAGAAAAUAAUUGGGCACAUUGUCAUGGAAUGUAGCAAAAGAAUCUGUCACUUCCUGCUAACGGGGAACCACGAGGAAAGGGAUGCCUCUUGGAACCCUAGUUAUUUGCGAAUGAUCAUAAACUAAACGCUGACAUCCCAACUAGGAAGGGCUGGAUAACGUCCUGAGAAGUAGUUCUAACUGCAGAAAGACAUUUCUCUUACAGGUGUUGGAAACUUAAACACCAGGUUUGAGUAAUAAAAUGGUAUUUCUAGGCAAAAGGUGGCACUUUAUUUUAUUUUUUAAUACACGGUGGUGUGAAGUGAAGGUCUUUCUCUUUUUCCUGAAUCUUUCUUACCGUUUUUGCUCGACACGCUGCAUCGGAUAUAAAAAGGGAAUCUCCUCUUUAAAGUUGUUUAAAAAAAAAACUGCCUUUUUUUUUUUUUAAAUACUAUAAAACUUAAAUGAGGAAUGAAGCAUAAAAUGUUGUGAAACUUGAAAAAAGAAACCAUUUUGCUUGAAUAUAUGCUGCAAGUUUACAUUUCAUGCAGAUUCUCUUGGAAGGUUAUAGAGGCCAAGCAGAAUCACUGGUGGUAUUUUGAUCCGCUUUGAAUGUAUUUAAUCAGAAUGGGGUGAGUUGAGCACACCCUGAUUAAACAAAAUGAAAAAUUAUUUCAUGUCUGCAUCAUGGACUUGACAUUCCUGCUGAAUGGUUGUUGAAACUGUACUUAAAUGAAAAAUCAAUCAAAUAAAUGAGUAUUAUAAAACUG